AGGCUUGAUUGGGCUUGGGGGAGAGGUGUAGAUAUUGCCUCCUGCUGAACUCUCUAAAGAGUCCUGGUGGCUUGGCCUUGCUGGAGAGAGCUCUUGAGUAGGAGCUUAAGGUUCAGAUGUAGUAAAGAAGAUGGAGUUUUCAUGGUGAAGAACCCAAUGUUGACUUUACAAAUGUACUGAUGGAGAACGUAGUUAAACCUGAGAAUAAUGAGGACCGAAGGAAAAUCUACAUCCUUCAGCUGUGACUUCUGCAAAGGCAAGAUAGCACAUCCUGUUAUGCCUCAGUCAAGGAGAAUAUUGGUUGUAUGAGAUUGUUCUGAAAUCAGGGCCGUGAUCCGCCCACAGGCCAGCUACCUUAUUCAACUCCUUUGAAGCUCCGUGUGAGUCCUGGAUGGAAUUUGGCUGCUCCCAGGUGCUUGAUGUGUGCUCUAAGCAAGUCCCAAGACUUGCUGGAAGCAAGAGGGAAAGGCUGCAUCCUGGAAAGAUUUUGGUGUCAGCUGAAGAACCCAGAGUGGUGGAGACUUGGAGAUGUUCCUCAGCAACCUGUUUUCAGUGUUCAAAAUUUCUAUCUUGUUUCCAGUUUGAAUACAGCUGACUUCCAGAGUUUGGAUCUUGAUAUGUCUUUGCUAAGUGAAAGCCUUCUUAUCUUUUUCUUAUGGAGAUAAUUCUUGGAAUACUGUGUAUACUGUGUUGAAAUAAUUUCUUUUUUUUUUUCUGUGAUAAACUGGAUAGAUUGGGUUGUUUAUCAUGUAUAUUUCCCUGAAGUUUUUCUCUUUAGUUAAUGAAACUCCUUUUUGACUGUGGACACAGGACCAGCUUCUUGCACGUAGCAGCAGUGGACAGAGUCCUAGCCCACGCAUUAGAGCAGCGCCAAAUUCUCUUUCCUCUUAAGAGCAGCCUGCUUCGAAAGGCAAAACAGCAAUAAAUAAGUUAUGAUUGUGCGUCUGGAGAAACCGAAAUUUCACCAUAAUGUGGCGACAGAGAGGAAUGUUUGAACCUGUUUCUGUGAGUGACAGAAUUAUGUCGAUAGCUUGCUCCAGAGCGCGGUGAGCCCUCCUACCAGCUGCGUUACCGGCCGCGGCCAGGCCCAGCGAGAGCCCCAGGGGAGAUCAUCAACCAGUCAGAUCUCUGUGGAAAAUUCAAGGGUCACGUUCAGUCUAGACCAAAGGAAAACUGUUGGGAAACAUAAGUGGCUGCAAAUAUAUUCAAGUACUGUUAUAAAGAGGACAGGGACCAAUUAUUUUGAUUGAGCAAUGAGGCCAGAACAGAGAAAACUUAGGAAAAACUGCCUAAGUCUAGGAAGGGUUAGUCAACGCAGUGAGAUGCCAAGGGAGGUGACCAGUCCUAUCAGCCCGCAUAUUCAAAGCUAAGUCUGACACACAUCUUUGGAGGAUUGUUUAGGGAUAGUGAAAUCAUUCCUGCUAAGAAGGAGGACGAUGGACUGGGUUGGCCCAACUGAGAUUCCUUCCAAGCCUGACAGUCUUGUGGUUCGCAGUCUGCCAGCACACCCUCUUAGGCACUCAACUUCUCAAGCAACUUCUCAGAAAUAAAAUCUCUUAAUAGUGUGUAUCCAUGCACACGUGUGUGCAAAUGUAAGCACACGGCAGUAUCUUACUGUAACUGCUUGAGAUCUAUUUGUGCCUUGCAGUGUUUAAGGGGCAGCUGCCUGGUUGUGGUGUGCAGAGCUCGGCUGUUUCAUCUGUGCUGCUACUGGCUGUGCCGUAGAACAAAACCAAGAUUUUUUGCCUAUUUCUGGCUCUGCAGUCCUGCAUGUAGCACGUGGCUUAUCCUUUCUAGAGCAAGCCAUCGCACAUGGGUUAGAAACAACACACGGUCCCUGGAUACAAUGGGACUUGGGGUCACCAGCUCCGUGUUGGCAUUAAUUGUCGUCAGAGGGAGGUUCAGCACCUGCUGGUUUGAGCUGUGACUCCAGCUGAAGGAGCCUGGGUUGGGCAGUUACCGUCCCACUGCUGCCUCGCCAGGGUUUACAGAGCUUUGCUCAGCUACAGUGCCCUGUGUAGGACUCCCUGCAGCAGCUGAUGCCAUUGUGGGCUCUGAAAGGAAAAUACUUUGUCCCUGACUCAAAUAGGCUUCUGCAAAGAAAACAGAAAAGGCCUCAUAGUUCAUUCAGGCCAUCAUCCUUCAGAGCUGCAAUUAAUACUGACACAUGUUCUGAAGCUGGGAAGAAACAUCAGAUGCAAAUGAGGCUGGAGCCUCCUCCAGGAGAUGGUCACCAGCACGGAGACCCAUAUCAGAGCGCUGUCUGUCCCUCUGGAGAACGAGCAGCUACAGAACUGGCUGGCCUGCAAUGCAGAUCGGUAUCAUGCGGACUCCGGCACCCUCUAAUGGUUGACUCUCAGCAACCCUGUGGAAAAAGUGGCCUAUCUUAUAAUAUUCCAUAUUCUCUUUGUGCUCUUUGUGUGGACGUAUUGGAAGUCUAUUUUUACUCUCCCAGUGCAGCCAGGCAAAAAGGUAUUCGAUUCUGUGAUAGAUGCCAGCUGAUAAAACCAGAUCGUUGUCACCAUUGUUCUGUUUGUGCUAUAUGUGUGCUAAAAAUGGAUCAUCACUGUCCAUGGGUGAAUAACUGCAUUGGAUUCUCUAACUACAAGUUCUUCCUACUCUUCUUAGCCUAUUCUUUGUUGUAUUGCUUGUAUAUUGCUGCAACAGUCUUCAAGUACUUCAUUAAGUAUUGGACAGGAGAACUGACUAAUGGACGUUCCAAAUUUCACGUCCUUUUCCUUCUCUUUGUGGCAGUUAUGUUCUUUGUAAGCCUUAUGUUUCUGUUUGGCUACCACUGCUGGCUUGUCAGUAGAAACAGAUCUACUUUAGAGGCUUUCUCAGCUCCAGUGUUUCAAAAUGGCCCAGAUAAAAACGGAUUCAAUCUUGGCUUUGUAAAGAAUCUUCAACAAGUGUUUGGAGAAGAGAAAAAGCUGUGGUUACUGCCUAUUGCCUCUAGCCAGGGUGAUGGACAUUUUUUCCCAAUGAGAGCUUUGUGUGAAGCUCAGAAUCCUCUCCUAGCAAAUGAAGAGCAGUGGGAAGAUGAUGGAAUAGAUGAAGAGCCUCAUGAUUCCACUGAAGCUUCAUCCCUUGCCAUAGAAAGGGAGACAUAGCGGUUUGAAAAUGAUGGCAGUACAAAGCUUGUUCAGAAAGCUUUCCUCUCAGGAGUCAACAUCCCUUUUCUUUGCAUGGACUUCAGUUGUGAGGGGCAGAAAACAAGUGGAUCUUCAAGAUGAGAAAACAUCAUGAAGUAUCAUCUGAUUGGAAUCUGCAUUCUAGAGUGCUUCUCCAGAAAUCCCGCUAUCCAGAUGUUUCAAGGCUUUAUAAGUUUAAGUUAUGGAGUGAACAGAACAGUUUUAUAGAGUGAUUCUGGCCAAUCUUCUUUGGCCUGCUCUCUUUAUUUUAUAAAUAAUAUAUAUUUUUUAUUCAAAAUAGGUAAAAAGUAUUGAUGCGAGUGCAUUUCCAAAGGCCUUUUCAUUUUGCAAACAUCAGGGACUUGAGUUCUCAAAAUUCUUCCAAGCCAUAAUAUUCUUGGGGAUGGUAUUUAUAUUGAGACUGAUUCUCUAACCUUCUCUGACAAGUGGCAUUUUCUAAUAUGCUUAAAGUUCUGAGUCAGUUCAACUCAAUGAGAGACAGACUCAUCUAGAUUUGGCACUAAAUUGAUGGUUGGAUAUAUGUUUGUUGAAAGACAAAGUGCUGAACAUGUAUAUAUACAUGUGCAACUGUGUACAAAAACAAAAUAUUCACAUUGCCAGUAUCAAGAUUCAAGAAUAUUGUGGCCAUUGAUGCUUUUUUUUUCUAGGAAAGUGUAAUUACAUUAGAUUUUGAGUUACAGUGCCCUUUAAGCCCAAUCCUACUUGCAGGUACCUAAAAUGCAAAUGGGUAUUUUAGACAUUACAAUGUGCAUUAAUUACUAGGGCUAAAAUGACAGAGUUUGCAUGGUAAUUAGAGCAUUAUCAACUCAUUCCUGGAUCAGUGUUUGAUGGAAAUUUUUUGUUCAUGGAGUCAGAAAGGAAGAAAGGAAGAAGUAAAUUUGAAACACAGGAGUUAGAAAUGUGCACUGAAUGUUUAGCUCCAACAGUAGCGUUUGGAGUUUACACUCCACAGCGGUGGUUUUAAUCCCAUAAUGCUGAAGAGACAUUUGGUAAACUCAAUUAUUUCAAACUUCUUCCUCAGUAAAUGUAUUGACUAGUAUUUUAAAGGUGUUUCAGGACCAAGAGGUGAUUUUUUUUUUAUUAUUAUUAUUAUUUUUCCUCCAUUGGCAGUCAAAGGAAUGUAUUGCUAUUUUUACUCUGUGGAAUAGAACUGAGAAUUUGCUGGCAGGAUGACACGCAUUUUUCUAGAUCCGAGAUAUUCUUUUAUCUGCAUGAUUCAGACCUGGCAACUCCAUCUCAUGUUUGAAUUAGGUGCAUGUUUAAUGUGUUAGUAUACUGCAUCUAAGAUCAUUUGUUAGUGUUUUCUAUCCUGAUUUUGUUUGUUCAUCAGCCCAUUUGUGUUGACUUUGACUACAGAAGCAGUUGUCAAGAGAAAUUACCUGGUAAGUAUCUGUUUGGUGACAAAGGCCUUGGCUACAUUCUUGUCUUUUCUCCUCUAUUUACUCUGCCGCUGUUACCAGCGGAAAUGUGUUAGUGAGAUGGAAGAGACUCUUGCAGAUAUUUUUGUCCAUAAGAGUAGUUUAACUACCUGGUAUAAACUGUGCCCUUUGGACAGAUAUUUUAUACAUCAGACUUUAUACUUAGGUGUAGAAGAGGCAGUAGACUCUAUAGAAUGUGUUGUUAUUGCUGAAGCUGAGGUCUUGGGAAUUGGGGCGGGUUCUCCCAGUCGCAGUGUGGGUUACUCUGCUUCCUCCUCUGGCUGUUACCGAAGGCUCUGUGAAUGUUACCACUUCUGGUGGGUGGCUCUCAUCAGACAGCUGUCAACCAACAAAACUCUUUUUCCUAUUAAAUCUAAACCUUCAUUUCUAAUAGAAAUCCUGUGCUGGACCUUAAGGUGUCAAAGGUGGCAAUAGAAUUGGUCACUUCUUGGCUGACAAAAUGUAUUCUAGAGGGGAAGGUAGUAGUUAAACAGAGCAGGAAAUAUAUAGGAAUUUAGCCCUAUUACUUGUGUAUUUGUGCCUUUAAACCACUAAAUUCCUCGUUUAUAUAAGCAGGAGGAUAAAUCACUAACUCUACUUUCCAUCCUGUCAACUGAAAUGUGUUUUUUAAGACAGGAACAUCAAAGCUGCAUUUGAAGCCAAGUGGAUUUACAAGAGUUUCUGAGCGGGUUCUUGUGUCCAUUCUGCAUUUGGUUCUGUUCACAGCCGUGCCAUCCUUGCAGGGUUGUUUCUCUGCCAAACAGCAGCAGAAGAGCUGCCUAGAAGAUCUGCAGGCAGAUCCCCUGCCUGCUGUCUAGCUUCAGCUUUGUUCCUUAGCCAGUAAAAUCUAUUUUGUCUUCUAAUUAUUAUUAAAACAGCUGUCUUUAUGAUAAUGCAGCUUCCCAGCUCAGACUUAGAAGCAGCUUUAAAAGGUUUCCAGGUGCUUAAAUGAUGCUUUGACACCUUUCGUUAACAUACUCAUAUUAAGUAAUUUUUCUUGUGGUUAGUAAUGGCACAUUUUCCUUUUCUUAAAAGCUGCUCAACCUCGCUUAGCUAGAACAAACUCUUGUGCAGGUGGAAAUGAAAAAUAAUUUGAUAGCUGCAGAGCCAUAAGUCAACAUUCACACCCAUCAGAUUUUGAAAGCUUCAGAGUGAAACAUGAAACAAAUACUGAAGCGGACAAAUCCUGGUGUGUCUGGGUGACUGAACAAACUCCAUUUUGUUCUAUUCUGCUGAGCUGGAGGAGAUGCCCUUCCUACAGCCCAGUAUUUGGACUGUGUAUGCUGAACUCAAGCGCAGCAGAAUAGUUGGGCAGGUUCCUCUGCCUCCCUGGGUUAAAGCCGAGUGCAGAAAGCUGCCGUGCAGGUAAUGGUGCCCAGGAAUGGAGUCUGGGGGGUGGCUGCUGAAGCCACAGUGAGCCUCUGUUCUUCAGGGCAGCCUGUCAGUGAGCAGCUGGGUCUCCCUGGGGAAGCUUGGUGUUCCUCCACAUACUGCUGCUGAGAUCCUUCUGCUCAGUGCAUUAGUGCAGCUGAUGCUUCAGACAUCAUUCCUGAUGACCUACUAAGGGGAACACAGUGCUUUCAGCUGGCACUUCUGGCCUUUAAGAAGACUGUUAACUAGAGAGCAGGGCAGCAUAAAAGCAGUCAUUUUCAUUGCACCCCCUGCUACCUAUGGCUGGGCUCCUGUUUACUUUUUAAAUUGGCUUUUUGUUUGCUUAGCUUCUAAAAGAAAAUUGUAUACAAAGAAUGUGGUAAAUGCAGGAUGCAUGAGGUUCUGUCAAAUAUACCGGGUAAAUGCACUGGAACACAAAUUGCUCAGGCUGCCUGUAAUCACUGCUGCAGGUAACAAAACAGGUAAAGUAUUCAGCUGAGUGCAAUUUAGAUUUUUUAACAUGCAAAUAAAAUUUUACCCCUUUAAGGGGUAAAAUCCACUGGUGCAGUCUGCAGGGUAGAUAUCCCUGUUCUCUGAGGAUAAUGCUCCAAAAUAAUUUCCCACUAACAGCCCCCUCCUCACCUCUCCCCGUCUCGCCCGUUUACAUGCAGGUACAGUUCCUUUAGAGCAGACAUCACAUUGAUGUCUCUGUGGAUUGUAUUGCGCUAAGUCCUGUCCCUGGCCAGUGAACAUUGUCCAAGGAAUCAGGACUUUAAUAAGCAUCACUGCACUGCAAUUUAUUUUUUUUUUCUCUUGCUGAAUUGGUACUGUGUGGUUUUGGAGUAGAGUAAGAUUGUAUUCCUUUAAGCAAGGAGCAGUACUGUGUUUUCAUAGGCCUGUACUAGUGCAUGUAGUGUGCUGUAGCUGAUGGAGGCCAGGAAGCUUUUUAAUAGCACUGUAGCAAUGAAUGUUUACUUCCUGGAACAAACCAGAGAUGUGAUUCAGCAAAAUCCAUAACUGUAGGUUUUAUAUUCUGUAUGCUGGUGUGGACUGAAAGCACAAUUUAGUAGUUGUUACAAAACUCGAUGCAUAAAGUCUGUAACAUAGUAUGAAUGUAAAGCGUCUGGGAAAAUAGAACUUAACCUUUUCUUCCCUGUAGUUAGAUGUAGAGGAAGAUGUGUGGGGAUGUAUUCAGGGACCAGCUGCCUCCAACGUAGUCGCUAAGCCAGCAGAACAGAUUUGCUGUUUGCAUAGCUGGCUCAUUCCUGAACGUGUUGAAUUAGCAGGCUAAGGAGGUGCUGUUGACCUUGUUUAUUAAGCCAGAAUUAAUUAACUUGGAGUCACAUUUUCAUUUCAGUGACUCUCCUGGUACAAAUUUUUGAAAUCGAUCCAUAGGACUUGAACAUACCUGGAUUUUAUUGAUAUUUUUCCAAUUCUAUCAGCUUCUGUGUUGUUAUAGAACGCGUGUAAAAAUAAACUUGUUCUGAAGCCAUCAAUUAAAGCGUAUUCAUGGUAGGGUGGCUUCUGUCAUUAAAAGUAAUGGUCUGUCAAACAGUUUGGCAGUGAUGAGCAUUUCCAGGUUGUGGCAUUAUUAUGUAUUCUUCCUGCUUAAUGCAUUAGUUCCUGUUCUGGUAAUUAACACUGAGACCAUACCCACUGUCGCAGUUUUAUUCUUAACUGUCCUUUUUCCCUCUCCCUUUACGCUCUUCCUCCCGAACGCGUAGCUCCAAUGUAUCAGCUUUCAGCUGUUUGUGCUGUUUUCUUUGGAUACUAACAAGACGAGUAGGUGUCAUUUUAAACAGUUGGGCCAUGUAUUUUGUUUGUAAUCAAUCUUAAUGUUUGUCAGGUUUCGCUUGGUGAUUUUUAUCGUUCGGGUUCAGCUUGCUUUGCUCAGGGCAGUGGGAUCCACCUUUCUGCAUUGCUUUUCUCUUUCCUAUAAAUCUUAAUUCUUCAUGUUCUAGCUUCAGUUUGAAAUGUAAACCUUGUGAAGUACAACGUAAGUUUACUUUUCUGAUGUGAGCAUAUAAGCUGGUUACGCCUUCGUGCUGCUUGAUUUAUUUUUUUCUGUAUAAGGUUAAGAUUUACAGCAGCAUGUGUAAAGCUUCAAUGGAUAACAGCUACUGUUCAGGAAAAAAAAAAAAAAAAAGGUUUGUGUUAAGGAAAAAAGGUACAAGGGGAUUAUCCUUGCUGCUUAUUCCAAUUGUGCUUAAAAAAAAAAACAACAAAGAAACCUGAUUGCAUCAAACACUAAUAUCAAACAGCUUAUGUAACACAAAGGUGUUUUACCUGAUGGAAUUUCUGCUAUUUCAGUACUCAGUAGACUUAAACUUUUUGUUGGGGCUAAAUCCCAUGGGAAGCCUGGAGAGAGGAGAAAAAAAAAAAGCUUUGUCCUCCCCAUCUCCGUUCUGCAUUAGGGUUGUGUGUGCUGCACCUCCUCAGAUCGCCAUUUUCCUAAGUUUAUAAGAGACACAAAAAUCCAGUGGAUUCUUGAAAACGUUGUUUUGUUUUAUUUGUUGUGCCUGUUCCUGGAGGAUCCAGGAUGUGUACAAGCAGGAGGUUUUGGUGUAGGCACGUGGCAUCCUGCUGAUGUAACAAACCCGAGCGGGUGCAGACGUGGCUUCCACGAGGAGGAGAUAAGAUAUUAUUUCUGACUCAGAGAUUGUGUGAAGAGGUAGGUGGAACGUGUGGUGCUGUUCUGAAUUAACUCCGUGUGCAGGCAUUAUUUUGCAAUAAUUACAUUAAUGUGUAACUUUUGUUGUGCUCACUGAUCAUCUAGACUCGAGCUAUCCCCAGUAAUUCCAGAUUGCAUUGUUAGGAGCCAGGAGCUUCUAUUGCGGCUUCCCUCUUGCUAGUGACAUAAACAGAAAAGAUCAGGUUGCUCUAAAUUAUUCUACCUGUCCAGCUGCUUUUCAGCUGAGAAUCAGGCUGGUUUUGGAUUAGGAAGCUCCAUUUGGGAGCCGAUACACUCUCUCUACAACUGGGUCAGAACUUUGACUGUAAACCACUGUAGUAUAAAAAGCUUCUCAUAUCAAGGCAGACUGGCUUAGUGGGCUCUGUGCCAAUAACUACUAAAUUAUUCAAAAUAGUAAAAUCAAUUUCAUUUAUUAUUAUAUUCAGUUGUGUUUCAGGAAACCAGGAUGGCCUGGUGUUGGUAUUUAUAAACAUCUUGAGUCUGCAAACUUUGCAUACAGUCAACACUAUUCUGCUUGGCAGAGGACAUGACACCCAGUGUUGGGUUGUUUAAUACUGAUUUCUUAUCCCUUAUUUAAUAGGAAGGAAAUGUUUUCCAGGGAACAUUGCAAACGGUCCACUGACAACAUGUGGGAUGUUUAGUAGGGUUCAGGAGUUAAAUGCUGUUGCCAGCAUUGAGACUUUUGAUAUCAAAUGGGUUUUUACAAAAGCUUUGGAUACUUGUUUUUAUCGUCUGACAAACAUUGUCUUUAAUAUGAAUGCUUUGUGUAUGUUUCACUAGCAUUUUCCGAGUGUUUGUAUGGUUUCUACAGCUGGAUAUACUGUACAUUCUGCUUUGUCAUUUUCUAUUAUGGUUUAUACUAGAAAGCCUGCACAGUUUAUACUGUACUGCAGGCAAGGACUGCAUUAAAACCAUUUUUGGUUAAUUUAUUA